AUGUCUCCAUCCUUAUCUGCCCUCUUCUGUCUUGGGCUGUGUCUAGGGCAGGUGAUCCAAGCGCAGGAUGGCUCACUCCCCAAGCCCUCUCUUCAGGCUCUGCCCAGCUCCCUGGUGCCCCUGGAGAAGCCGGUGACCAUCCGGUGUCAGGGGCCUCCGGGCGUGGACUUGUACCGCCUGGAGAAACUGAGAUCCAAGAAGUAUGAGGAUCAUGCAGUCCUCUUCAUCCCGGCCAUGAAAAGGGAUUUGGCCGGACUCUACCGCUGCUCCUAUCAGAAUGGGUCCCGCUGGUCUCCCCCCAGUGACCAGCUGGAGCUGGUUGCUACUGGAGUUUUCACCAAGCCCACUCUCUCAGCUCAUCCCAGCCCGGCCGUUUCCCCAGGAGGGGACGUGACCUUACAGUGUCAGACCCCAUACAGCUUUGACCAAUUUGCUCUACAAAGAGAGGGGGACCCUGAGCCCUACAAGAGACCCGAGAGGUGGUACCGGGCCAGUUUCUCCAUCAUCACAGUGACUGCUGCUCACAGCGGGACCUACCGGUGCUACAGCUUUUCUAGCAGAUUCCCUUACUUGUGGUCAGCUCCCAGCGACCCCCUGCAGCUCGUGGUCACAGGAACCUCUGCUAUCCCCAGCCAGCUACCCACAGAGACAACUUCCUCUGCAACUGAAUUCCCAGAAACCUCCAGGAAACUGACCAUCUCACCCAUGAACAAAGCCUCCACAACUGAGCCUUCUAGGAAUAUCAACAUCUUUCCAAAGAGGUCAGGCCCUCCAGCUGGUCUUGCCCGCCAGUAUUACACCAAGGGCAAUCUGGUCCGGAUAUGCAUUGGCGUCGUGAUUCUAAUACUCCUGGCGGGGCUUCUGGCAGAGGAUUGGCACAGCCGGAAAAAACCCCCGAUGCACAGGGUCAGACCUGUGCAAAGGCCACUUCCACCCCUCCCGCAGACCCAAAAAUCACAUGGCCAUCAGGAUGGGGGUCGACUAGAUGUUCAUAACCAUGAGUGCCACCACUAG